AUGCUGUUUGCUGCUGGUGUUUCUGUGAUGUUCUGCUUGUCUGUGGUUAAGGACUUUGAUCGAAUGACUGUCCGACGGGGCACUGAGGCAGUGGUCAAGGGCGAAGCCGCCUUGGAGCGUAUGGGCGGGGAACUCCCUGAUGCGAAACGCUACGUUGCCGUUUACGAAGCGCUGCGUCGGUAUGUUAUACGAAAAUACAGUCGUCAGCUCCAAGUUGAUGCUUUGCCGAAUACUCAUCCCGCAUCGGAGAUGCCGACCGCAAUGUCACCAUCCAGAACGGCAGCCCGGCCCCACAAUCCAAGAGCAUGGGAUAGCCAAUAUGAAAGUCGCAAUACCUUGGAGCAACCUGCAUUAUCUGGAGGCGAAAGGGUAUACGCGAAUUUUUAUCCUCAAUCGUCACUACAUGCACCAUUCAGUGAAGCAGAAUUCACACCCGAGGGAAUUCCGGGUAUACUACCAGGCGGAACUCACCUCUCAGAAAGCUCUCUGCCAUCCUGGGAUAUAUUCGAAGACGAUCUUUUGUGGAAUAUGGAAGCCGGUCUAAAUGAGUAUGCAUACGGGGAUCCCCUGCUAAGUUCGUAUUUGGAUGAAUCGUUUGAUUUUCAGAACAUUGAAGGUUGA